UCAUGCAUCACCAUGUCACUUUGUUGUAGUUGCUGCUACCGCGAAGAAAACAAAUGACACAGGCACUAGGCAGGUGUCAAUACAGAGUUCGGGUAAAGGUAGUGUUUAUUAAAAGACUGACAAAAAAAUUUUAAUUAAUUUAUUUAUAAAAAUGACAACAAAUAUCUUUCCAUCCUACCAAAGGAUAGCAAGUAGGAUACCUUUAGCUUUUUCUAGGAGAUCAUUUAGGUCAUGCGAAAAAUACAUCAUUUUAUUAGUGUUUAUAACUUUUGGUUUAGUGUGUUUUGGAACUUUGUUUUUCCUACCUGAAUUUCGAAACUCGGCAACUAGAUCUGAAAGUGUUUAUAGAGUGUAUGAUCAUUUCAAAAGAGCAGCUCCAGAGCUCUUGAUUCCACCUCCACCCUUAGAAAACAGUAGGGAAUCACCCAAAUUAUUGAGACAUGAAAUGGACACUCAGGGUGAAGAUCCUCAUUUAGUUGGAGAUCGAGAAAAGUUUAGGGCAAAGAUUGAACAGGACUCAGAAUUAAAAGUUUUGGAGAGACCUGAUAUUGGGAGAUUUUAUCGUAAGACAUCUACACCCUCAAACCAAGGAAAGCAAGGACAUAUUUAUGAAUCUGGCAUUGUGACAAUUCCACCUGCAAUCAGUGAUCAUUAUCCCCUUAUAACAAAUGGAGAAGAUGGUGACCCAGAUAUCAGAGAAAGAAGAAAUAAGAUCAAAGAAAUGGCCCAGCAUGCAUGGGAUAACUAUGUUAAAUACGCGUGGGGUAAGAACGAGCUAAGACCUAUCAGCAAGCGUGGACAUAGUGCUAGCAUAUUUGGAACCAUGCCUCUAGGGGCCACCAUACUUGAUGGUUUGGACACUCUGUAUAUAAUGGGCAUGGAGAAAGAGUUCAAACAAGCCAGAGACUGGGUGGCCAAUGAACUGAAUUUGGAUCAAAUGGCCAAUGAUGUUUCAGUAUUUGAAACGAAUAUCAGAUUCGUAGGUGGAUUGCUGUCUUGCUACGCUCUAACAGGGGAUGUUAUGUUCAGGGAUAAAGCUCAACAAAUUGCAGAUAAACUUUUACCUGCCUUCCAGACUCCGACAGGCAUACCAUAUGCCAUUGUGAAUUUCAAAACUGGAAUGAGCAAGAACUAUGGGUGGGCCAGUGGUGGAUCCAGUAUACUGUCCGAAUUCGGAACCCUUCAUCUAGAAUUCGGCUAUUUGAGUGACGUAACGGGAAAUCCCAUCUAUCGCAGUAAAGUGGAGAAGAUCAGGCAGGUUAUCCAGAAGACGGAUAAACCUAAUGGAUUGUACCCGAAUUACUUCAACCCAAAAACUGGAAAAUGGGGGCAACAUCAUAUGUCGAUGGGAGCCCUUGGUGACAGCUUCUACGAGUACUUGUUAAAAGUGUGGAUACAAUCGAACAAGGAAGAUAACGAAGUCCGUCAGAUGUUCGAUGAUGCAAUGGAAGGUGUUUUCAAGCACAUGCUUCAAACAUCUACUGGCGGAUUGAUGUAUUUUGCGGAUCUUAAAUUUGACCGUCCAGAACAUAAAAUGGAUCAUUUGGCAUGUUUUUCAGGUGGAUUACUGGCCUUAGGUUCUAAAACUCUCAAAAAUCAUAUGUCAGAUAAAUAUAUGGACGUAGGUAAAGGUAUUACAAAUACUUGUCAUGAAUCCUAUGACCGUACAUAUACGAAAUUGGGACCGGAAGCGUUCAGAUUUACAGAGGGCGCUGAGGCUAGAGCGCUGAAAAGUACAGAAAAAUAUUACAUACUCAGACCAGAAGUGAUCGAAUCUUAUUUUUAUUUAUAUAGAUUAACCAAGGACCCUAAAUACAGAGAAUGGGCGUGGGAGGCAGCACAGGCUUUGGAAAAACACUGUAGAGUUAAUGGGGGAUAUACAGGCUUGAAAAAUGUGUAUACAGAAGAUCCCCAACAAGACGAUGUUCAGCAAAGUUUCUUCUUGGCAGAAACACUUAAAUAUUUGUACUUGAUAUUCUCCGAUGAUAAUCUGAUCUCUUUAGAUGAGUGGGUAUUCAACACAGAAGCUCAUCCAAUUCCAAUCAAAGGGGUGAAUCCUUAUUAUAGAGAGUCGAUUGUGUAAUGAGAAUAAA